GUUCAAUCAUAAUCUUGAUGUUUCAACAUUAAUGUUCGUCAUUUAUAGCAUGAUGCGUCGAAAAAUUAGUGAUAAAGUUGAAGGGGUAGUUGUUGGACUUUUGAAGACUAAACACACAUAUAGGAGUAUUCAAAAUGAGUUGAAAGCAAUGGGAUAUUUUAUUUCCUUUGGCUCCAUCAAGAAUAUUCAUGAUAAUAUUGGAUAUCCACGCCAAAAUAUCAAUGCUGGCCAUCUUAUGCCAAAGUUUAGUUUUCGUCGAAAUGUGGCCACACCGAACGUCAUCAGGAAAAUCAAUCGUAUGAUCGCCAAAGUUAAUCCACCGACCCAACGUGAGAUGUCGUCUAUGUUAGGCAUCUCUAAAGCAGCUGUAAAACCACAAGCGGACGAUAACGAAUGGGCUUCCGAAUUAAUGGAAUUGACGCAUAUGUUAUGGAUACGGUGCAACAUUUAUGCCGUGGUGGUGGUGGCUGCGUUUUGCACGUUUAAGUUUCUCAACUGAACAUGCCUCACCUUAGCAUAGCAAAUGAUCCGUGUGAGUUUGAAACAAUUGCUCUUACGAGAUGUUAUAACGACAGUGUAAUCAUUAUCUUAUAUACGUUGUGAACAGUUUCUAUCGAUAUGUGAUACAGACUGUGUAUUUAAUAAUCUUUGAUAUGUGAUACAAACUGUGUAAUAAUUAUCUUCAUAACCGUUGCUUACGGUUGCUAUUGAUAUGUAUUAUAUAUAGUUAUAUAUGCCCCCGGUAGGAUGACAUAUAGCAGUCGGACUGUCGGUCUGUCAGUCUUUCCGUCCGUCUGUCCCUCCGUCCGUCCGGCCGGCAUUUCUUUUUUGGGAGGUUUUUUACGCAACACUUUAAGAUAUCAAAUUGAUACUUGGUUUGUGAGUCUAUUUACAUGACCUACAGAUGAAGUUUGAAAUUCGGUCCGUUCCAUUGAUUAUAUGUGAAGAUAUAUGCAUUGGACUUAGACAGUUGUUAUAUUAUAACAGUUUUCCG